AUGGACGAGAGUGAGAAGGCCGCCUUGGCCUCCUUCUCAGCCGAGGCUUUCAGCUACCUCAGUCUCGGUAUCGCCGUCAUUCUUCUCCGCACAUUCACUCGAACCCGGCAGGUUGGUAUCACGGGUCUCACGGCCGACGACUACUUCAUGCUUCUCACGAUUGUGCCCUACACCACUGAGACAGUCCUUGCGCACGCCGUCGGUCAGCAGUUCAAUGGAUUGACCAAUAGUGGCAUGACUGAUGCCGAGCGUGCUGCUCUUUCUCCCGAUAGCGAAGAGUGGGCUUGGAGAGUGGCAGGGUCAAAGGUCCAGAUCGCAGGCUGGUGCAUGUAUGCAUCAGUAUUGUGGACAAUCAAAGCCUCCCUGUGCGCCUUCUACUCGCGUCUAACGGACGGUGUUCACGGCUACCGCGUUCGAAUUCUCACAGGAUACGCAAUCAUCGGAGUGACAUAUCUUGUCGUUAUUCUCACCUACCUGUUGAGCUGUCAGCCUUUCAGCCACUUUUGGCAAAUCUCCCCCGACCCAGGGAACCUCUGUCAGCCUGCUCUAUCCAAGGUGUACGUCCUCCUGUCGGUUACUCUCAACAUCGCAACCGACGCCUACCUCAUCCUCAUCCCCGUUCCUAUGCUCUGGGGGACUCAGCUUCCCACCUUUAAAAAACUCACGCUCGUCGUCGUCUUCUCCGGAGCCCUGUUCGUCAUGGCUGCCGGUCUUUUACGCGGCAUCCUCAUCCUCAAGCAUAACGGAGGUUUCUACGCAAUGAACACUGCUAACCGACACCCUAUUCAGAACCCCAUCGACGGCCCCAGAGAAGGCUCAGCCUGGGCCGUGCGCGAGUCCUUCGUCGCCGUCGUCACCUCGUGCCUCCCCAUGAUCUGGGGCUGGCUCAAGAUCAAGCUCAAGCCCUUCCUCGGCUCCCUCCUCUCGUCCCAGUCCAAGAAGAACGGCCCGGAGCCGGGGAGCAUCAUGCUCGGGGACACCAGCGACGGCUCCGCCUGGCGCUCGGGCAACCGCACGGCCACCGCGACGUCCCGCAGCAUCACCACCCGCGUCUUGCCCGCCGCCGAGCGCAGCAGCUCCGACCUCAGCCUCAGUCCCAAGGCCCUAGGCGGCAUCACGAAGCAGGUUGCCAUCUCCGUGUCGUCUAAGAAGGCUGGAGAUGCGACGGACGCGGGGAGUGACAGGAAGGUGCACACGCAGCUGAAGCUUGAUAACAAGUGGUCAUAG